AUGCCAACAGAGGAAAUUGUUAAAAUAGAAGUCAAGGUUGCAUUACCUGUUUGCGACAUCAAAACUAUUACAGAAAACAGAGUUGGCUACUCAAUAAAUUCUAUGGAUUUGUUUCUUGGGAAACAGAAAUUGGAAGAUUCGAAGAUAUUAUAUCAGUGUGAUAUCAACGAAGAGUCUGUCUUAAAGGUGAAGAGUAAAACAAUACAGAUCUUAAUCAAGACGAUUGGUGGAAGUAUUACACUAGACGUGCACAGGCACGAGUUGGUCAAGGAUGUGAAGGGCAUGCUUCUACACAAGCUAAACAUACCAGUUCAUCUUCAAAAACUUGUGUUUGAAGGAAAAAACCUAGCUGAUUCCCGGGAUUUAGCAAGCUACAAUAUCAGAAUGCACUCGAAUAUCAUUUUUGAUUUUCGUAGUUCUGUUUCUACGUAUAUUAUGAGUUACCAACAACAUUGUGGAUUCAAGUAG